AUACAUUGAACGAGAGGCUAUCCGUAAUCUCAUCCUCUCGUUUCAGUCAUCCACGAAUUACACUUCUACUUAAUCAAACUAAAAACUCUGCCAGGUUUCUGUCUGUCUUUCUGUCUUUGCUACCAGUGCUAGCUUUUCUGCUUGAGCAGCUUCCUCCACAACCAUAAUGGCUUCGGCUACUGUUUCUGUAGCCAAACCAACCCUUCAGGCAAAUGGAAAGGGUUUUGGAGAAUUCUCAGGCCUGCGCAACUCCUCGCCUAGCCUUCCCUUUCCCAGGAAAACCUCAGAUGACUUCCUCUCGGUCGUUGCUUUUCAGACCUCUGCUUUGGGAAGCAACAAUGGCGGAUACAGGAAAGGGGUGGUAGAGGCAAAGUUAAAGGUCGCGAUAAAUGGAUUUGGUAGGAUUGGCAGGAACUUCUUGAGGUGCUGGCAUGGCCGUAAGGACUCCCCGCUUGAUGUCAUUGCCAUUAAUGACACUGGUGGUGUUAAGCAGGCUUCUCACCUUCUCAAGUAUGACUCUACCCUUGGCAUCUUUGACGCGGAUGUCAAGCCUGUCGGAGAUGAUACCAUCUCUGUUGAUGGCAAGGCCAUCAAGGUCGUUUCUAACCGUAACCCCGCCAACCUCCCGUGGAAGGACUUGGGGAUAGACUUGGUGAUCGAAGGAACUGGUGUGUUCGUCGACAGAGAUGGUGCAGGUAAGCACAUACAGGCAGGAGCCAAGAAAGUGCUCAUCACUGCCCCUGGAAAAGGUGACAUCCCGACUUAUGUUGUUGGAGUGAAUGUUGACAGCUACAACCCAGAUGAGCCCAUUAUCAGCAAUGCUUCUUGCACCACCAACUGCCUUGCUCCCUUCGUCAAGGUUCUGGACCAGAAGUUUGGUAUCAUCAAGGGCACUAUGACUACAACUCACUCAUACACUGGUGACCAGAGGCUACUUGAUGCUAGCCACCGUGACCUCAGGCGUGCUCGUGCUGCAGCUCUCAAUAUUGUUCCUACCUCAACUGGUGCAGCAAAGGCUGUGGCUCUUGUACUCCCCACUCUCAAAGGCAAACUCAAUGGCAUUGCUUUGCGUGUACCAACACCAAAUGUCUCAGUUGUCGACCUAGUCGUCCAGGUCUCAAAAAAGACCUUCGCUGAAGAGGUGAACGCUGCUUUCAGAGACAGUGCUGAGAAAGAGCUCAAUGGCAUCCUUUCUGUAUGUGAUGAACCCCUUGUUUCGGUCGACUUCAGGUGCUCUGAUGUGUCCUCAACCGUUGAUGCAUCACUCACCAUGGUCAUGGGGGAUGACAUGGUUAAGGUGAUUGCUUGGUACGACAAUGAGUGGGGUUACUCUCAAAGGGUUGUGGAUUUGGCUGACAUUGUUGCCAACCAUUGGAAGUGAUGAUUCAUUGGAAAUACUUAGCUGCUCUUUGUGAUGGUUGAUUUUUGCUCACCUCAUUUUCUUUUUCGCCUUUAGAACUUUUCUUUUUGUCAAGAAUGUAUAACUGUAAUGUGGACUAUAUUCUCUCUCACAUGUUUAUGCAAUAAAAUUCUUACUUUCACAUU